AUGGGAUAUUUGCUUAUGUUAGAAUCGUGGUUAGGCAUCGAAUUGCCUUGUGAAAUGAUAGGAGACAUUAAACCAGUUAUCAAAUGGAUAUUUCAUGUUGCCCGGAUGGUGACGGGUAUUGCGCUAAGCGUACUAGGGGGAUAUCAACAUGCUUAUGAUAAUCUGUCUGGAAACCGCAACCGCAACUAAGAUAUUAGCAACCUUUCACUUUAUGUUGCUAAUAUUUGAAAUAGUGAUGAUGUAUCUAUGUUUAACUAGAUUAAAAGUCGACGCAUACGAAUUAUACUUUGGUAUCGUGGGUUCGUUGGCCAUCGUAUUUCAAAUUAUUAGUAUCAUUCUCUAUUUAUGUUUUAAAUGAUUAUGAGGAUCCUAUUUUGUAUUCAGUAGGACGAUCGUACUUUCGACAAAAAUAACAUGACAGUAUCACCACGUUUAAACUGCCUUACUUACCGAGAUGAUUAUUUUACAUUUUUAACAUAUGACACAUAGUUGGAUCAGGGUUUUGCGUUUAGUCCAUUUUCUUAUGGGAACCUUUCUUAAAUAACAUGUUCAAUGGCUUGUUUAAUGUAGUGUGAAGCUUUAAUAUUUUAAUAUAUCCGUGCUACC